GCGGUCCCCAACGCGUGGAAAUUUUCCUACUUUUUUCUGGGUAGUGGCAAACAGAAUCUUACUUUAUCAAACCGACAUUGUCUAGUGAAAUCAAAUCCAAUAUUCUUUGACUGGUGGCCGCUGCUUCUACAUCUACCCUUUUUUCUUCAUUUUUUCUUCAUCGUCUCCAAGAAAUAUUAUAGAUCUAGCUAUCUCUGGUUUAGAGAAUUUCAUACUAGUUCUACAUUCAUGGCUUCCUCCUCCACGACUCAGUCAAGAUCGAUUGUAUCUCCUAAGCUAUAUGAUGUAUUCAUCAGUCAUCGAGGCCCUGACGUCAAGGAUACCCUUGCUAAGCAACUCUAUGACCUUCUUAAGGAAAGAGAAUGCAAGGCAUUUCUAGACCGUAAAGAGCUACAAGGGGGGGAUUCUAUUACAUCUGCCAUUCACAACGCCAUUUGCUCAUCUCGUGUUCAAAUAGCUAUUUUUUCCAAAGGAUUUGCAGAGUCCUCAUGGUGUUUAGACGAGCUCGUUCUUAUGUUGCAACAAACUGAUGCCGUCUUUAUUCCUGUCUUCUAUGAUGUGGAGCCUAAGGAGCUUCGUUCCACGGAGAGGGGAUCCUAUGCUGCGGCAUUUUCUGACCAUCAAAAUAAAGAAAAGUACCGCAACAAUGUGCCUGCUUGGAAAGAGGCCCUCGCAUCUGCUGCAGGCAUCUCUGGUUAUGAACUUAGCCAGCAUCAGCAUCAAGACAAUUUGUGUGAAGAGAUUGUGUCUCGUGUGGUACAAGUAGUGCAGGAAAAGGAAAAGAGUAUACCCUUACAUGCUGCCAAAUAUCCUGUUGGACUUGCUGAGCUCGUUCAAGAUUUUGAAAGAUCUUGUUCAAAGACAGCGGGAGUGGUGGGGAUCUUCGGACUUGGGGGCUCUGGCAAGACUACCCUGGGUAAAGAAUUGUUUAACAGGAAGCGUUCAGGCUACCACACAUCUUGUUUUCUCUCUGACGUGAGAGAAUCACAUGCCAGAGGUGAAUUGCAUUGCUUGCAAAGUCAGCUCUGCAAAGAUCUUUUCCCUGCAGAUCAAAUAAAUAUUAGCAAUGUGGACCAAGGAAUUGGAGUGUUGAAGUAUCGUCUGGGAAGGGCAAGACAUUUGCAUUUCCUUAUAAUCCUAGAUGAUAUUGAUGAUGAGCAUCAAUUAGAUGCCCUCUUACCUGAAGGCGUGCUGGGCUUGGGUAGCCUGGUAAUUAUUACAACCCGUAACCAAAGUGUGUUGAGGGGUGCAGAUACCAGUUAUAAGAUGAAGGGAAUGGAUGAGGAUCAUGCUAAGGAUCUCUUCUGUAGCCAUGCUUUUCGCGGACGUGAUCCCCCCGCUACAUAUGCGAAAUUGGUUGAAAGCUUCGUGAGAUUCUGUGGAGGUUUACCCCUCUCUCUCAUAGUUUUGGGUGCCCAUGUUUAUAGUCGGGAUAAGCAUUAUUGGGAAUUAGAAUUGGAAAAAGUAAAGAAAAUCCAGCCUAAAGAUAUAAUGCAAAGACUUAAAAUUAGCUUUGAUGGUCUGGACAGAGAAGAAAAACAGAUGUUUAUAGAUAUUGCUUGUCUUUUCAAUAAGAAAAAAAUAUGGGAUUUGAAAAGUAAAGCUAUAACAAUCUGGAAAGCGUCUGGUUGGAGCGCUGAGCAUGCAGUUCAAACCCUGCAGGAUAAGUGCCUCAUUGAAGUGGGUUGGGACAAAUUUGAAAUGCACGAUCAUCUCCGCGAUCUGGGAAGACAAAUAGCAGAUGACUUGGGCCCUCCUCGCCUGUGGCGACCAGAACUGCUGAGAUCUGUGGAAGCAAAAGGAUUUGAACGAAUCCUAGCAGAAACAAAGGGCCGGUGUUUUCAUUCGUUCUAUGAUUCAUCCCUCCAAACCUACAUUACUUAUUUUAUAGCUGGGACUGACCUCCUGUGGCUUGAAAUUAAGAAAUUAAAAUUCAUUCCUUCGUGGAUUCCUCUACGGAAGUUGCACAUUUUGAGAGUUUCGAAUGUGGAAGAAUUGUGGAGUACUUUUCAGCAACAGUUGCAGACCAAUACCCAGGCCAGUUUCGAGUUGAGAAUGUUACGGAUUGAUCAGUGCCCCACUUUGCAAAAGCUUCCAGAUUUAAUAGGAAUGUUCAGUCAUUUGGAAGAAUUAGAAAUAGAUUUUUCACUAGAGAAGACAGAUAUAUCCUUGGUGCAAUCAGUUAAACAACUUAGUAAUCUUAGAUCAUUGCAAUUGUGGUCUAACGAGGGCGAGGGCAGCUUAUUCAGUGGGAAUUUUGAUCUGAGUAAAGGUAGAGAUUCAACUAAUAUGGAUUCUUCUACAAGCAGCCGCAUGGAUAGCCUUGAAACCAUAAAACUUAGAGGUCUUCGAAAUAUCUCCAAGUUGGUAAUUAGUGGAGAGAUGUGUCCCAGACUUCGAUCACUGCAUGUUCGGUGGAUGGAAAAUCUAAAAGAAAUGGAGUUAAAGCAGCUAGAGAAACUGAAUACUCUAGAAGUGGGGAAAUGUGACGAAUUGGAAACAAUAUCAGGGUUAUCUUCUCUAACAGGGCCUCAAGUGUUCAAAAUAAAUGCGCAUCUUCAUCGUCUGGAGCAUCUCGCUAUUUCAGGAUGUCGUGAGCUGCAGAGCAUAGAAGGGGUGGAAGAGUUGGCAGGAUUGGAAAGACUGGUAAUUCAAAUGCCUGAGGAUGGAUAUGCAUGGGUACGGAAAUACAUUUAUGGACUAAGGACGCUGUCGGUAAAGACAACCAUUUUGACACAGAAGGCAAUGAGUAAAGCAUCGUCCAAAUUGAAUGCAAAUUUGUUUUCUAAGGUGAUCGAUGUCCAACCACUUUCUGAAAUUGAGAGAGGAGGAGAGCGUAUUACAGUUGAAGAUGAAAAGUUCAUCGAGUGCAAUCACUAUAUUUGCUUUGCUUGUAACAUCAUUCUAUGCUUCUUCUAUAGAAUUUGAAUCUAACGUUAACUGUAAUUUGAUCCCAGCUGAAGGGGAUGUGCUAAUAACAGUUUUACUCACCCAGCAUGAUAGUGAAGUUAGCCUGUGGAAUGUGAGAAUAAAGAAGGGGUUUAAGGCCACAGUUAAAGUUGGGGAAGAAGGGAAAGCUUUAACUUUAUUGCAAAGAAUUGUUGAUCAAUUAUACAGACAAAGUAGGGUACCAGAUUUGGCGGGCGAAAACGAAAGCGAAAGCAUUGACAAGUGGUGAUCAACUUGUUUUUGACUAUUUGCUAUUGAAAAGCUCCUCAUCUUUGUUUUAUUCAAGUCUUUGCAUAAGGAAUUCUCCUCUUUGUUUAUAA